GCGCACGCGCGGAGGCCAUAUUGGCAGCGGACACUGGGCCAAGGCUGGUGCUUUUCUCCCGCGGGUGAAACCCUCCGUGUAGACCUUAACUCCAGUGCCUUAUCCCCGGAGCUGUAAAGUUCAGGAAACAUGUCUCGGAGAUACGACUCCCGGACCACGAUCUUUUCCCCGGAAGGGCGCUUGUACCAAGUGGAAUACGCCAUGGAGGCCAUCGGACAUGCCGGCACCUGUCUGGGGAUUCUGGCCAACGACGGUGUCUUGCUUGCGGCCGAGCGGCGUAACAUCCACAAGCUCCUGGACGAAGUCUUCUUCUCCGAGAAGAUUUAUAAGCUCAACGAGGACAUGGCGUGCAGCGUGGCGGGCAUCACUUCCGACGCCAACGUGCUGACGAACGAGCUGAGGCUCAUUGCGCAAAGGUACUUGCUGCAGUACCAGGAGCCAAUUCCCUGUGAGCAGCUGGUGACGGCGCUGUGUGACAUCAAGCAGGCCUACACACAGUUUGGAGGGAAGCGUCCCUUUGGGGUGUCGCUGCUGUACAUCGGCUGGGACAAGCACUACGGCUUCCAGCUCUACCAGAGCGACCCGAGCGGCAACUACGGCGGCUGGAAAGCCACCUGCAUCGGGAACAACAGCGCCGCGGCUGUGUCCAUGCUGAAACAGGACUACAAAGAAGGGGAGAUGACCCUCAAGUCGGCACUCGCGCUAGCCGUCAAAGUCCUCAACAAGACCAUGGACGUCAGCAAGCUCUCGGCCGAGAAAGUGGAGAUCGCCACGCUGACGAGAGAGAACGGGAAGACGCUCAUCAGAGUCCUCAAGCAGAAGGAGGUGGAGCAGCUGAUCAAAAAGCACGAGGAGGAGGAAGCCAAGGCCGAGCGGGAGAAGAAGGAGAAAGAACAGAAAGAAAAGGACAAGUAGAGACGAAGCCGCGGUCUCACCGGCCCCUCGGCGUGCGCGGCCCCAGCCCACGGGAGGCGCUGGCCUCCCCGACGGAGGGAAGCGGGUGGUGCCGUCGGAGCGGCCGCGAUAGUUCGUCCAGCCGAAUGAUCAUCGCUCUUCAUGGACCUUUUAAUCCCCUCCCCCUUUUGGGAAUAAAACUUGGGAAGGAUGGAAGUGA